AUGCAGCAAUCACGUUUUUUGAAUUUACCAAAUGAAGUGUUGGAGUAUAUUAUCCAUUUAUCAUCUAUAAAGCCCUAUGAUGACACUGAUUUCUUGGGAUGGUGUUAUCCUGAGCACAGCUACACUCAUCUAAAGUCAAUCGCUUUAUGCUGUCAACGGUUAUACAAACUAUGCUCUCCCUUUCUUUGGAAACACAAAGAAUUUAUACUUCCUCGGCAGCAUGAUGUAAAGAAAGAGUCUAUUAUCCAGAUAGCUACAGAUAUAUUAGCUACCCCCAGUGCACUAUCAUCCAUCCCACUUGUUCUAGGUGAUCAUGUCUGUUCCUUAUACCGAAAUUUAACAACUAGUCCACAUUUCGAUCUGAUCAAUUCCAGACUGAUGGCACAGCUCGUGUGUAACUUGAAAGCGUUACGUAUUGAUUUUCAUCCGCUGCCCAGGACAGAACAUUAUGGACUACGAUACUUUUUUGAGUACUGUCCACAUCUGACAGAGGUGUUUAUAAGCCAUUGUCAAGAUACCUAUGAUGAUUUUGAUGCCCUUUGCCGAUAUAAACCCAGACUGACCUCAUUAACACUCAUAGACUGUACAGUAAAAGAGCGUACAUUAGAAAUUAUGAUGGACCUAUUUCGACCUACCUUAAAGCGACUUCUCUUUAGACAAGUGCUGAUUGAGCCCAGUAUAAAUACAACUCAACUUACAUCUCAUUUACUAACAGCUGCCGCAUCAGAAGCCCGUCUUGGAUUCCUUCAUCCACUUCACUUUCAAAAUUCGCAGGCAGCUGGGAUUCCCCAGAGCAUGUAUAUCAAGGCUAGCCCUAACCUUAGACAGCUGGCGUUGACAGAUUCUAUCAGCUGUAGUACACUAGAACAGAUUACACAAGCUUCCCCCUUGCUAGAAAAGCUGGCUAUUGUUUUGCAUGACUAUUACCCUGAACAAAUCGCUCGUUCACUAACUGCGAUCACAAGCCUGCAAAGGAUGACCGUGCUCUCUUUAUCGUUUAGAAAGCACUAUCCACUGUCAAGAGAAUUUGAAAGGUUCCCUUGUCAUGCACCCUCAAGUGUUUGGAGUUACUUUGCAACUUGUUUACCCAAGCUGAAGUCACUGUAUAUCUCUUCAUCAAGACUAUUAAUAUCCUAUGAAUUCAUACCUAUCCUUUUACAGUAUCAUCCAUUUAUAGUGGACGUCAUGAUCUACAGUAUUUCCUUUACGCAGCCACCAAUCCCACCUUCAGAUAAUAGUCUAAGUAAUCUACGGGAUACCUAUCUUUAUGAAUGUAGGUAUAUCACUUACAAGAUCCCUGACGAACAUCGUCAUUAUCUAUACACAGGACAAGAGGCAAUACAACAAAGCUAUAAUCGCGUUAUUGAUGAUGUAUCGGAUGUACAACUAUGCUUCAUUAAAGGAUAUAAACAAUAA